AUGAUUGAGCGCUUGAGUCUCAAAGGAAGAACGACUGUCAUCACAGGCGGUGGCCGAGGUAUUGGCCUGGCAAUUGCUGAAGCAGCUGCAGAGGCAGGAAGUAACAUCGCUGUUUUGGACGUUCUAGACAAGCCCCAUAAAAGCAUCUCGAAACUAGGUGUGAAGGGUAAAUACUACCGAGUCGAUGUAACCAAGAUGGAUGAUUUAGAGCGAGCCUUCGGCGAAAUUGGAGAUGAAUUCGGUCGCGUCGAUGGUUGCGUUCCCGCCGCCGGAAUCGCGGUUGACAAGCCCUUCUUAGACCACACCUGGGACGAAUGCGAAAGACUGCUGAGAGUCAAUGUCCUGGGAGCCUUCUUCUCGUCCCAGCUCGCCGCCCGUGCCAUGCGCGCCCAAGGGACCGGCGGCAGCAUCGUUCUUAUCGCAUCCAUGGCAUCGCACCACGCUGUCCCGCUGCAACACCUCAGCAUGUACGGCUCGACCAAAGGCGCAGUCAGAAUCAUGAUGACGCAAAUGGCGGCCGAGCUCGCGCCCUGGAAUAUCCGCGUGAAUUCGAUUUCGCCGGGGUUCAUCAGGACGGAUAUGACGCUGCUGUGUGCGAGGCAGCAGCCGGAGCUGUUCAAGUUGAUGGGGAAUGCUCCGCCACUGGGAAGGAUCGGGGAGACGAGCGAUAUUGUGGGGGCGGUGAAUUAUUUGUUGAGCGACGCAGCGGCGUAUACGACUGGGGCGGAUAUUCCAAUUGCCGGGGGGAUGACUUGUGGACGUAUUGCGAGUUGA